AGGGACUUGAAAGCAUUUCUUUUCGCAGUAGGUAAGGUUAGUCUAUUGGUUACAUCGAUAUACGUCGACCUAAGAGAAGUUAAAUUCGAGUCUUAUCGAUACUUAAAACACACCACAUGGCAACUACAGAGGAUAAAAUGGCGUUAAUCGUUCCCUGCGUUGCCAUUCGAGGUUCGACUGGCAUAAGUAUUACACAGGGCCCUCCAACUUAUGAACCAGUUUCGUUAUUUACUAAAGAUGAUAGUAAAGUAUGUAAAACAAUGGCAUUUAGCCCUAUGGGACGUUACUUUACAUGGGUCAAUGGAUCAUCGGUUAAAGUUGUUCUUUGUGAAACAUGGCAAGUUGUUGCUGAGAUUCAUCGAUGUAAAGUUCAAUCGGUUAAAUUUUCACCUCAAGAUACUUAUCUUAUGACAUGGGAACCUUUUAUUGUAUCUGCAAAUAAUUCUCAAGGUGGUCCUAAUCUUUUUUUUUGGAAUCCUGAAAAUGGAGAAUUAAUAAAAUGCUUUAUUCAUAAAAAACAAAUUGAUUGGGAACCACAAUGGUCCAUUGAUGAAAAAAUUUGUGGUCUCUUAGUUAACAAUGAUGUUGUCUUAUACGAAGAAUCAAAUUUUGACGAUGCAAAAGCAUUUAAUAAUAAAAUGAAUGUAGGUAAAAUUGCCAAGUUUAGCAUAGCUCCAGGAGCUGCUCCAUAUCACAUCGUUUGUCAUAUGCCUGGAAAAUCUGGACCAUCAUUUGGUAGAUUAUUUCGAUAUCCAAAGCUCCCUGCGAACCAACCAGUAGCAAAUAAGAGUUUUUUUCAAGAUGACAGAGUUGAUUUUUAUUGGAAUAAUCAAGGAACUAGCGUAUUAUUAUUGGCUAGUACUGAAGUUGAUAAUACAGGCGCCUCCUACUAUGGAAAACAAACCUUGCAUUAUCUUGAUACAAAAGGCGAAACUGCUCUGGUAACAUUGAGUAAAGAAGGUCCUAUUCAUGCAGUACAAUGGUCUCCCAAGCAAACCGAAUUUAUAGUUAUAUAUGGUCUAAUGCCAUCGAAAGCGACAAUAUAUAAUUUACAGUGUGAACCUGUAUUUGAAUUUGGUACCAAGCAUCGUAAUGCUAUUUAUUAUAACCCACAUGGCAACAUUGUCAUUUUGACUGGUUUUGGAAACUUGAGGGGAGAAAUUGAAUUAUGGGAUACGGUGAAUCGAAAAUUAAUUGCAACAUCGGAUGCCCCUGAUUCUACACUGUUAGAAUGGUCACCGGACGGUGAACAUUAUAUGACAGCGACCACUGCACCGAGAUUACGAAUGAGUAAUGGUUUCAAAAUUUGGCAUUAUACCGGUACUUUAUUAUAUGAACGACCUUGGAAUAAACAAGAAGAACUGUGGGAAGUUUUAUGGCAAAAAUUCCCUUCUGAUCUUUUUAAAGAAAAACCUAUAAAGUAUAAAGCAGUGGGGGGUAUUGCACCUAGUCAACCACAAGCAUCAAAGCAAGCAUAUCGACCACCUUCCGCCAGAGGAAAAACUAUUAAUUUUAAAUUACACGAUGAUGUAGAUGAUCCUAAGCCAUCAGAAUCAAUUCCGUCAAAGAAUUUCCUUAAAGUUAAGAAAAAACGUGAGGCUAAAAAGGCCAAGAAGGAACAGGAAGCUGCGUUAUCUCAGACACAAAGCGGUAAUGUAACAGCUAAUGGACAAACCAAUAGUAUUACAAAAGUCAGUAGUCCAACUACUUCAGCUAAUUAUGAUCUGACUAAUGAUCCAGAGAAGAACAAAAAAAUUAAAAAGAUCAAUAUUAAGUUAGAACAAAUAUCCAAGCUCAAGGAGCAGCAAGUAAUGGGCAAGCAGCUGGAAAUUAAUCAAUUGAAUAAAAUCAAGAAAGAAGCGGAAUUAAUCAAAGAACUAGAGGAAUUGAUUUUAUGAUGCUCGAUUCAGCAUAUAAUUUAUGUUGCUUUUUUAAACCUGAUAAAAGUGUAUCAGGAGAUUUUGAUAAAUCGGUAAUAUCUGA